AUGUUCACCGAUAACAUAGAAUUUAUAAUAGCCAUGGUUUUUAUAUGCAUAUAUGCUGUCUUCUAUUUAUCUGUCGCAAGUAUCUGUGGAGUAGUCUUGUACAUGAGCAUCAGGGAUCAGGGAAAGUCGACGAAUGAAGUCUACAACGAGUGUGGUAGUAUGUGUGAGCCUCAAUGUAACAUGAUCCUCGGAGUAGUUGUGGUAAGGAGUUUGAGAUGUGCUAAGCAUAUGCAAUUCACUCUUCAGAGACCUCAAGGAUGCAUCGCAGUGUGCAGGGCAGGAUGCGAAUGCGCCGCUGGACAUGUCAGAAUCAACGGGGUCUGCAUAUCAGAAACCAUCUGUAGAAGAUACUUUUGA